AAAAGAAGGUCUCCUUUUGGGAUGAAGCUGAGAGAAAGAAAAAAACAAGUACAUUAUGAUGAAAAUCAGGUUUCAGAUUUCUCAGAUUCCUCAGAUUAUCUAGAGCCCAAGAGGGUAAAAGAAAAAUCCGAAGAUGCAGAACUAAUGAAUGGAAUGGAGGAUGAGGAAGAAGAAAAGUCUGCAGAUAACAUAGAUGAAAUUGAGAAUGAACUAAAGUUAUCUGAUUCACCUGAAGAAACAAUUAAAAAUAGUACAAUUGAUCUGAAUAUCCAAACAGAAUCUACUAGCAAUUCGAUCACGAAUGAUAAUUUGUUAGAGACACAAACUAAAACUACAACCACUAAUAACUAUGAUGAUGGCAAAAAGUUUGUGUCUUCACUAGCAUCGUGGAUUGAAAUCGUGUUAGGAGGCUUUAUAAGUAACGAAGAGAGUCUGGCGUUUUAUGAUAUUAUCGACAUUACUCCGGGUUCAAAUAGUGAUUUUGUUCAAUCACUACCAAAUGAUGCAGUGCAAGAAAUAAAACAGUCAAAAAUGUUUCCCACACCGAAUAUGAAUAAUGUGGAUGAAAUGAAAAACUAUAUUAUUGAUUUAUUAAGAUAUCAUUUAAUUGUAUACGAGAUGUCAAUUCUGUUUUGUGGAAUGGACAUUUUUUGUGAAGUUAUGCGAUCGAAAUUGCCCACGAAUGAAGUUGAGAUUGGUUUGAUAUUACGAUCUGUGUCGGUGUUCUUUAAAUUCAAGGAAUUGCUUGGAAAAAGUUUGGCUGACCAGAAAAAAUAUAUUCAUAAUGCAUAUACCCGUACAUCCGAUAAUAAUGCAAAAGUACAACUGUUCAUUACACUAACUGAUUUGACGCCUGAAAAAAAGAAAGUACAACCAGUAGACGAAAAAAAAGCAAUUGACCUUGACUUUCUGUUAAAAUGUUUUUAA